CUUACUUUGGGCCCCUUCACACCCGGGGCCACGAGCAUCGUCCUCCCUACUGGCCGGGCUUCCCUCUGGAUCCCGGGACCGCAGAAGCCCGCGCAGGCGCACACGCAGCCGGUCGGCGAGGAGACGCUUCCGCCCGCGCGCGAGUCCUUCCGGGGCGCGGGUCAUCAUGGCGGCGGCCUUGGCGCGACUCGGACUCCGGGCCGUCAAGGAGGUCCGGGUUCAGUUCUGCCCCUUCGAGAAGAACGUGGAGGCGACGAGGACCUUCCUCCAGGCGGUGAGCAGCGAGAAGGUGCGCGCCACCAACCUCAACUGCUCGGUCAUCGCGGACGUGCGGCACGACGGCUCGGAGCCCUGCGUGGACGUGCUGUUCGGAGACGGGCACCGCCUGAUCCUGCGCGGCGCCCACCUCACGGCGCAGGAGAUGCUCAGCGCCUUCGCCUCGCACAUCCAGCUCAGGGGCGCCGCCGCGGCCAGCGAGGACAAGCCGCCCGUGGGUGCGGGCCGCUGACCGGGCCGGGGGCCGACCCGCGAGCCCGACGCCAGGAGGGCGCUCCCAGCCCCUCGCCCCUCUGCACGCGGGGCCGGGCGCAGCCGAAAUGCCCUGGGACCCCACAUUCAGCCCCCGGCUCUGGGACGCGCCCAGAUCCGGAAGGGGCAUCAACAUACUUGAAUUUCUUGGGCUUCUUACCCUACACUCCUAGCUUAACCCUUUUGCAUUUGGCCGCUUGUACCACGGUUAGUUGCCGAAUCCAGUGCUGCCUGUCCUCGUUUCCCGCCACUUCCAGUGCAUUGCCUGUUCCUCUUGAGUUGUUUUUCUUCUCUAACUAUAAAGGCAUUCUACUCUUAUUAUUGUUUUUCUUCGCUUUCUUGUUCUUGGACCCAUUCAUCUCUGUUCUGGGCAAGCUCGACGUUUCCUUUUCUGUUUUUGGUAGGGCUUUUCUGAACUCUCCCUUUCAUUUGGCUGUGAUCUUGAUUUCUGUGCUGUAGUGAGGUUGUCUGCCUACUGUCAUAACUUUUCUUCUGAUUUGCACCAUUUCUCUGCAAGCUGCAAUUGAUAAUCUUACGAACACGUAGUUGCAUCUCUCUGAUUUGCCCUUUUAAAAACACUGCAUCUCUUCAGCCACUCGAGCUGAAAACCAGAUUGUUGUUUCUGUUUUUGUUUUGUUUUUUAUUUUCUGGGUCACACCAAGCCAUGCUCAGGGGUUACUCCUGACUCUACACUCAGGGAUUAAUCCUGGAAGUCCUUGGGUGACCAUAUGGGAUGGCGGAGAUUGAACCCGGUGUGAACUAUGUGCAAGGCAAAUGCCUUACCCGUUGUACUAUCUCUCCGGCCCCUGUUGCUUCUACUUUCAUCUUAUUUUUUUCUAUAAAUCCAGUCAGUAAGUUAAGACUGUUCUGUUUUAUUUCAUUUUACUGUUUUUUUUUUUUUUUGGUACACCCAGUGGUACACAGGGUUUACCCCUGGCUCUGUGGUUAGUAAUCUCUUCUGGUGGGCUUGGAAGACCCAGUAGGUGGUGCCACGUAUCUAACUGAAUCAGCUGCAGUGCUAUACUAGAGACAGAGCCUGCUGUAUUAUCUCUCUGGCCCAAGAGUAUUGGUUUUCUUUUUUCUUGUAUUUGUUUUCUGUUUUGGGGCCACACCUAGUAAUGCUCAGGAAUUACUCCUGGUAGGGCUUGGGGGGACCAUAUGAGAUGCCAGAAAUCAAAAACAGUUCAGCUGCAUGCAAGGCAAAUGCCCUCCUUGCUAUACUGUCACUCUGGCGCCUAGAGAAUAUUCUGUUUCUGAAUGUUUUGAAAUGUUUUCCUGGAACAUUUCAAAUAUCCUGAAAUGUUCAUUCCUGUAUCAUUCUUGCAUUCUCCGCAUCUUAUUUUCUAAUGUUUUUGCUGUGGCUUAAUUUUAUCUUGCUGAAAAACAUCACUGGUUUUCUCUCUCACUACUAUUUGCUUCAGAGAACAGUGCUUAAGUACUUUCAGACUUGAAAUGUUUUUUCAAACAGAAUUACCUCCUGUUCGUGUGGUCCAUAAAACUUUUUAAAAACUAAAAUCAAAUAAAAAGGAUUAGAGUGCA